CUCUCUCUGCUUUAGGGAUUAACCAGGUAUAGGGGCGAUGUGGGCCUUGUUAAAGCUCCCCAAGCUAUGGAAAUGAUCAGCACAUUUAUCCUCUACUUUUGCUACUCUGUCUGGAUAUUUUCCUCCCUUAGCCUUGGGUCUCCAACCCUUGAGGAUGAAGCUGGGACUUUAACAAGUGGGGAAGCCUCCGUUGAGGCUGAACCUCUGCCCUGGGAACAGCCUCUAGAUAGAGAAAAUAGCCCUGGUCUCCCGCCACCCCUCCUCAAGGUCUUAACUAACCGCCAUCUUCCUGGGGCACCGAGGCUACAACCUGACUCAAGAUCCCUGCGUUACAUGAAGAGGCUUUAUAAAGCAUAUGCCACCAAAGAAGGAAUCCCUAAGUCUGACAGAAGUCACCUCUACAACACCGUCCGUCUCUUCACGCCAUGUGCCCAGCACCAACAGCCCUCUUGGGGUCAAGUCACAGGAGUUCUUCAGUCAAUGGAUCUGCUAUUUAACCUGGACCGUAUUACUGACCAUGAAUAUUUGCUCAAGUCUGUUUUGCUAUAUUCUUUGAAGAAUCCAGUUUCUUUUUCUUCCACACCCAAGUGUAUGUGCCACCUCGUUGUAAAGGAACCUGAAUGUUCUAGCCCAUUUUGUUUUGGGUCUCCCCGGUCCUUCACUUUUAAUUUACAGUUUGAAUUGAGAAAAAAUCACAAGUGGAUUGAAAUAGAUGUGACGACUUUGCUUCAGCCUCUAGUUGCCUCCAACAAGAGAAAUAUCCACAUAGCUCUGAAUUUCACCUGUCUCAAAAACCAACAGAAUCCAGUUCAGGAUGAGUUAUUUGAUAUGGCCAGGUUAAUGGCUCCAUCACUAUUAGUAUAUCUGAAUGACACAAGUGCUCAGGCUUACCAUAGAUGGAAUUCCCUCAGAUACAAAAGAAGGCACCAGUUGUCACCUGACCAGAGAGAUCUGUUUUUCUACCAUAAGGAAGAAGAGCUGACUCAGGAUAGGAAAUUCUCCCGUCGCCGAAGAGAUGAAGAAAUUGGAGACUCCAAAGCAAAGAGUCCCACAAUGCCAGUCUCUUACAAUCUGAGUGAAUAUCUCAAGCAGUUUCUGUUUCCUGAGAAUGAGUGUCAACUCCAUGACUUUAAAUUGAGCUUUAGCCAGCUGAAGUGGGACAACUGGAUUGUGGCACCACAUAGAUACAAUCCUCGAUACUGCAAAGGUGACUGUCCCAGGCUUGUUGGGCAUCGAUACGGUUCUCCUGUCCAUACAAUGGUGCAAAACAUAAUCUAUGAGAAGCUAGACUCCUCCAUCCCAAGGCCUUCCUGUGUGCCUGCUAAAUACAGCCCCUUGAGUGUCUUGACUAUUGAACUCGAUGGCUCUAUUGCUUAUAAGGAAUAUGAAGACAUGAUAGCAACAAAAUGUACUUGCCAAUAGCGUGUUGCCUUAGGGGGAAUAAAACCCCAAAGCCUGGGACUUCAGGACAACAUUAAUGCUGACUAGAGCUGUGUCUUCAGGGAGGCUUCAUAUGGUAAAUCUUUGGAUACCCUGCUGGCUAGCACUAGAUGAAACCUAUCAGGUAGGCUUAGCAUGUUCUGAUAAAUAUUGUAAUAAGUAGGUUUGGAGUGCUGCUGAAUCUUUUGUUGGAAUUCCAAAUGUAUUUGGGAGCCCCUAAAAUGCCUUGAGGAAGUGAGUUUUGGUUUAAAUAAGAGAUGUAUUGCUUCUGUUUGAGAGGGGGGGAAAAUCUAUUAGUGGAAGUGAAGAUAAACAUUCAAUAAGGGAAAAUGUUGUCUUGACGCAAAGAAUAAAUACAUGUCAAUAGAAUAUGUUUUCUGUGUGAUUUCUCUGAAACU